GGAAGUGAAUUACUGGGAUAGCGAAAAUAAAUUAAAAAUUAAUGAUUUAUUAACCUAUGUGGGAAAUGUUAGCUGAGUUCUUAUUAGCUAUACACUUUGAGUGCUUGCCAUCAGAAUGUGAACAGUGCCAGUGAUUGAAGCCCUCGCAAUGAAUUACACCGGAUCCCUGGAUCCGGUGGCAGAAAGAUGGAACUCCUCAGCAAUAAACUUUACGGAGAUCACCAUGGACCGCAACUUUGCCCUGCUCCUGGUGUCUCUUGUAUCAGCAAUGCUGUGGGUUGUGUACAUCACUUAUUACAAUAGCAGAGUGCUGGGCUACAUACUGACCAGGCUCAUCAACAGGUUCUACUUCCAAGAUGAAAACUUUAAAAUAGGUUCAUUUACACUGAAUGCGCUGUCCGGUAAGAUUAUGUUCUGUGAUAUAGUCUACAUAAAUUAUGACUACACACUUCGAAUUCAAGAUGGCUAUCUUAUAUUUCGGUGGUGGCGUUCAUACGUGCCUAAAGAUGUGUCGGAAGAUUUAUCCCACUCAGACACCCGUCUCUCCAUAAUGCUAAAUGGUUUCGAAUUGCACUUUUAUAAUCGAUGCGAUCUAUACGCGGAACUCGAGAAAACAUUCGGGCUCGAUCCGGUCAUUAAACAACAACACGACGACGAUGAUUCUACCGAUCGGGAUAAAGCUAUGAACGACGCGAACGAGAAACGACGAAGGGCACAAGAUACAGUCAGAUCCGAAGCGGCUAUGGCUAGAACUUGGAGAGAUCUCAUUCCCGUAAUAAAAAUUGAUAUAUGCACAGGACGUGUUGUAUUCGGUAAUCGUUUAGUACCAACAACAUUUUCCGUUAGCUUAGAAGAAGCCCAUCUAAUGUACAGUACGAAACCUCCCGCAUCUAGCUUAGACCACCUAAUGCAUUUUGUAAAAGCCAAAGCAGAGAACUGCAAAGUCAUGUUAGCUCCUAGUCCAAACUACACAUCUAUGGUUGACGAACCGCCGAGAUAUAUGGGAGAGGGGUUUGUCGUUAUGAGCUCGAAUUAUAUUGAAGUUUACUUCUACAUGGAUGAACCAGGCUUGGUCCCGGAGCAACCUGUUUUACUGCAACUAGCUAAUGGUGACAUUGUCGAAUCUGCACCACCUAUAUGGGGAUUGGAUAUUAAGUGUGGAAAAGGAACAGAUUUUAGUUAUGGACCGUGGGCUGAUCGACAAAGAGAUCAUUUGUUUAGGUUCUUUUUCCCACCAAACUACAAAAGCUUAGUUGUAACCCCCCAGCCAAAACCGGGAGAUAGAAGACAGAUGCAGUCUUUCGAUAUUCGAUUAUCAACAUUGAAUGAAGCUACAAUAGAUAUCUUGUUCACGAAAAAUAAAGAAACAAAUGCAGUCCACAUAAACAUAGGAGCUGGGUCAUAUCUUGAGGUAACUUUACCCUGGAUUGUUCUUCAAGAUGGAUAUACAACGAAAAUAACUGGACAAUUGCUCCAUUUAGAAGCAACCACUAGUCUACAAUACAGAAGCCUAGCUGAAAGUGAAACCCUGGAAUACACAGUCAAAUGCCACUAUCCCCUUGUGUGGAAUCAUCAUCAAUGUUGGCAACUAUCUUUGACUGGAUGUAAAGCAACUGCACAUUUUGUAUACACACACAUCGAUUUUUUCCAAGAUCUCACUAACGAUUGGGCCAGCAAAGCACGCCCAGAUAUUCUUCAUUUUGUUCCAUACACAUGGAAAAUAUCUCUACUUCUGAAGGAGUGUGAAGUGGUUACGUUAAGUAAUCAAUACAACUGGAUUGAUUGCAGCUCAACAAAUCAAGAAAAUAACCAUGUCGCUUUUUGCGGUGAUUUGCUGGACGUGUCCUUCGACUUGCCGUUUAUUGAUUUUUUGCCUGAUGUCAUACCCCUGAAGAUCUGGGUGCAAGGAGAAGCUGUCGAUAUGAGUCUAUAUUUACCUGAAGUAAAUACUUCAAGGCUACUCUUAUUGUCGAUUGACAAAAAUAUGAAACUUUUGCCUUGUAGAUUGAAGGCGUCGAAAUGGCGACGAAAAUGUGUAAAAACUCAAGGUUGGGUCGACUGCUGGUCUGUUCCUAUUGUGGCUUUGAGUGUCAGAUACAACUACCAUCCUAUUCCACCUCUGGGCCCAGAACCUCAAGCAGAUAUUACAACUCCAGAGAAGGAGGAAAUUUUACUAUCGCCCAUGAGAAUACCACGGAUGAGGAAGCAGCCUCAAAUUAAUUGGGCCAUUGACGGGAACAACUUUGAUCGCACAACUCUGGCUCCAGAUAAGGUAAGCGUGGAACUUGAAGUAGGCCCUUCAAUACUUCUUGCCUACGGAACUAUAAUCACAAGCUUUAUGAAUUUGUUAGAAAAUAUCUUUGGUGAAGAUCAGUUAUUUACGGAUAUGCAAAAAGCCCCUAACAUGGAUACUUAUUUUUGGUCCAGUGAUAAUCCUUCUAAAUUUAACGACAGAAGUAGCAUAAACCAGCACACAGAAAUAUCAAUAGAUGAAAACAGCGAUUCUAGUAAGGGUCCAUUCGAUCCGCGUCGCGUUCGACCCCUAGAUGUGUCUGUAUCAAUAAUAAUUCACGAUAUACAGGCUCAUCUAGUGAAAAACUGUAGUGAAAAUGAACCACCUUGCCCAGUUGUAUUGAUCGAAAGAUUCGGUUUCGAAAUGGAUAAAAGCUUCCGGGAGACAAAACUUCAGUUGCUCCUAAGUCCAUCAAUUCUGGUGUCAUCUAAUAGUCCAUCGCGAUCUGGUUCUAAUGGUAGCAAUAAUUCUAGCGCACUACAAAAUGGACAUUUAAUGCUUUCAUCAUUUCAAUUGAGAGGGAAUGGUUUCUUUAGCGACACAAAUAGAUCUGUAGAAGAAGAGACAGUUGAGUACGCUUGGAUGAUGGAACUUCAGUUAGGCCAAUUGACGGGUCGGCUUACUCUGCCACAAUUGUACCAGAUUAUUUCAUCACUCGAAACAUUUUUACUACUUAUUUGUGAUAAUGAAAAUGAACUGACGGCUCCUAAUACAGCUAGACAGUGCCACCACGGCUUGAACAAUGUUUUGUGCCCAGAAACUGAUCUCUCUCUCAAAUAUCGGUGUCCGACAUCGAACGAGAUCAAAUACCGCAUGAUCCGAGUGGCAAUCGAUUUGAUCGACCUGUAUAUUGCUGACACAAAUACAACUCUUCAGUCAUGGAUAUCACCCAUAAGGCUAUCAUUUUGUAACCUUCACGGAUCUGGAUUCGGAACCGGCAUUACUGGAUUAUUACCAAAUAUCAAGCUCGCUCUGUUUACUCAAACAAAUAUGCAAGCAAAUAAUCAUCAUCAUUCCAGUGGUAGUAAUCAAAGUCAAAAUGGAAGUCAAAAUAAAGUGCCUGAUAAUGAAAAUUGGGUUGGCGUGGGCUCAAUGUCCCUAGGCCCUUUAUUGAUAGAAGCAGCGUCGUCAUUACCUCAAAGUCCAAAAAACAUGCACCUGGUGCAGCAGAAAUUUUUAAAGAUACAUGAUGAAAAAUUUAAAAGAUUGUGGUUCCUAUGGCCGAGCGAAGGAAAGGGAACUCAAUGUGGGUGCACUGGUGGUUGUGCCUUUUUCGGUUCCAACAGAAAUGGUGCAAAUUUUUUAAAACCCAGUCCAUCUGAUUUACACGAAGGUCUUAACAUUGCCAUAUUUAAUGUUAUCGAAACCAUUCCUGGGGAAUAUGGCUAUGGUCAAAGUCUUUUACACCAAGGCCAGCUAGUGUUUCACACUCCGCCUUACAAUAGUUUGAACGUGUGUCUACAGCCGUCUAAUGUGCCUACUCUAAUUCCCUCACCACUACCUCAAAAUCUGAGCAAGUCGCCGCAGAGCGCCGAAAGAAGAAGUCUCACUCGCAGAUUUUCUUACACGAGUGUGAGCAAAGGAAGUAACAAUGUUUUAGUAUCGAGCACAAAGAGCGACGUUCCAUAUGCGCGUUUAGUUGAUUCGUGUGCGCCCCUUGGAAGUUCUAAGAUAGACAGCGAUUCUAAACUUAAUAAAACAAUACUAAGCGUACCCCAAAUGGAAAGCAGCGUUUCUGAUUCUAAAUUGACCCUCAGUUGCGGGAUCAAAGAUGGUGCUAAUAAUACAGCCAAAAAGCAGAUCCCAUCAGAAAACGACCAGUUUGUAGUGCCCAGAAUGCCACCAAGAAGCGUCGCAGUGUCAGAGUCUCACUACUCACUAAAUUCUCAACAUCCACACGAAGAGGCUGUGAUACAAGAAGUACAAAGAACCAUGUCUAUCACAAGCGAAAAUCAUUCUGAAGCGUUCUUCUCUGCCGAUGAGGAUAUGUUUCCCAGUAGAUCCUCGAGUUUAAAACAUUCCUUUGGCAGUCGUCACAGUAAAGACAAAGUUGCAUAUGCUAUAGCGGAUGCUUCGAAUGAAAAAUGGCUGAACAUUGCGCCUCGACCGGAAGUAGUUGAUGCACCAGAUACAAUAAGCAAUUUAAGUGCUGGCGUUCAACCUGAUUCAGAAAGUGGCUCGGUAUCCUCGACGUCUUUUAUAUCUGCAAUAUCUUCUCAGGAAGACAUGACUCUUGUAAAUCUUCAUAUGCAAACUAAUAAGCCAAUAGUAGAUUCGCCCUUACUUAUGUCAAGCUAUAUGACCAAUUUACCACAAUAUAGAUGUUGCAACUGGACAACCUGUUCUUUGCCAAGUGGUAGUGAUGUGUUUACCCUGCCCUUAUUUAGAAGAGCUGAAGACGGUUCUUUGGUAUAUGUGGGACAAAAGUAUAUGCCUAGUUUCGAACCUGUGGGUAAAGUGCACACAUUGAAAUUGAUACCUAGGAAAGAUGGGCAAAAUCAAAACCAACAUGGACCAUUCUCGAAUUUGCAGCCUCAUUUUAACUCUCAAAUUAAGCCCCAUCCUUAUCCACAAGCUUGGUGGGAUUUACAGCAAAAUGUACAAGACAAUCAAGAGAACACAACAGAUAAAAGUUCGGCAUCCACUGUAACGACUACUAGCGACACUAAAAACGGACUUUUCGUCAAAUUGCGUGGGGAAGUCGAUGUUAUGCUAACACCGUUAGUACUUGAGAGCACUCAAAAGUUUGUGGAGUCUCUAACUCCAGUUUUGGCCAAUAUUCAUCCAAUAACUGUGAUCAAUCAUUUACGAUUGCUUUGCAUUUCGUCUGUCGAGUCUUCCAAUAUACUGAAACAAAAGCAAUACGUGCUCAAUUGGUUGCCACAGAUGCAGGCUCGUAAUGGGUCAAGUUUAGUAAUGGAAAAAGAUGACAAAUGCAAGCUCGCAACGAUAACAAAUUCAAACAUUUACGAAGAAACAAUAUAUGAUCAAUUGCAAGCGACUGUCACUGUGCCUAAAGUUAAUAUCAUUUUCAUUCAGUCAUCGGUCGUCGAAGACAUGAUAUCCUUCUCUGCUCUUGACAAUAUCCAAGAUUUGACUUGUGUAUCCUUAUUCGGGGUCUCCGUGGAGAAUAUUGUAGCUAAAUACGCAAGUUCUAAGAAGACUUUGGAGUCUGUACAGUUGUAUUAUCGACCAACUUUACGAGCUUUGGGAAGCAAGAAGUCAUUUGGUAUCAUGAAGGGUCCAAGGGCACUUAUAUCGACACAAUCGUCGGGUCGAAAAAGAGGACCUGAAAAGGGGGAACCUGUAUACAUCGAGACAUCGCAACAGCAAUGUGAAGAUACGACGUUAACUCUCAAUAUCGGAAAAGUCCAUGGUCAGUUGCGACGCACUCGCAAUGAAUCAUCACAAUUGAAGGAUGCAGCCAUCACCGGCAUUCCGUGUCAACAUUCAAAAGUCUCCUUCAAGUUUAUUCGAGCUGAUUCGUGCGCUAAAGGAUGCGACUCUAUGGGUUGUCAAAACGGAGCAUCGGAAGGACAAAAAGAAAAUGCAAUCGGAUAUAUUAUGUUCGAAUGCGGUAUAGAGGGUGUUUCCGUCAAAGUAUCCAAACAUUCCCAAUCCCAUAAAGCUAAGGAGGAGAAAAAACCUACGAAAACAGAUACCGAGAGUUGCAGGGAAUCAGUCAAGUCUGCAGAGGAAUUGAAACCGGAAAAAGAGAAAGAAAAGUCAAAACGCACCUCGGGAAUCGAAGAUUUGUUCAGAAAAAAGGAUUCGAAUUCCAAACCCAGUACGCCUAAUUUGGGAGCGGCUCAAUCUCCUCAAGUGCCUCCCGUACCUCCGGCGCCUCAGGAGCCGGCUACGCCAGUUCCCGAUGAACCGUCCAAUGACAGUGGGACAACUGUUGUCCCGGUGAAAGAUAGCGGGAACACAUCUUCCUGCUCGAUAGAUUUGAAGGUCGUUUGGUUCAACUUCGCCGCCCCACCAAGGACACCGAUUACAAAGAAGAUUGAUUACACAAGAUUGGACUGGAAUUUACUAAGCACGGCGUCCCCGGCCAUCAAUGCGUGGAUGAAUCCGUGCAACCGCUUGGGCAUCCGAGUGGUGGCGCUGUACCGCGCCAGAGCGCGUCGCCUCGCCGCCACCGCCGCCAGCCUUAUGGCCUCGGCACUCGAUCGAGCCCCCAACCACACCUUGCCUAAGAGUCGCUACGGCAGACACACACCAAUGGCCAAGCAGCUUCGUGAAGAGCCUUCGCUGCAACUGUGCGCUGUCCUCUUGCGGUACGCCCUACAAGCCGACGCGGCGGCCGUGCAGGCAGAUCUCGCGGAGAGGCACCUGCCUUCUUUGUCUACGCUGAGACAGGGUGUGAUAGUGCUGACUCGCCAGUGGAAGAACAUCUUGUAUACGCCCCUGCUUCUAGAACAUAACUACAAGAGCAAGGUCAUGAGGCCGCUCAACGUCACCUUCGCCCUGCCAGACCUACUUGAGGAUUCGGUAGAGGGCUGGCAGGAGUACCAAUUUGACAACGAAGGACUCGACGAGAACUGCCUCUUAUUGAACAUGGACGUUGACAAACUCGUGACGUCACUACCCUCGACCGCGGCGGCUGCGUCCGCGCGCCCCCGCUCGUUCCCGUCCACGCCGCCGUCUGUGCGAGCUGUGCAGAGCAGUCGGGCUAGCCUUGUUUUCCCGUCGUUGCCCUUCACCAGAAAAACGCCAUUCCAAGAUGACGCUAUAGCCAAUUAUGGAACCCUAAAAGAAGAUCUACCUACGGUCGGCUCAAAUCCUUCGCUGUAUUCCCAAGGCAGUCAAGACAACAUGUCAAGCGACCGGGCUCGAGAAGACCUUUACCAAUGGAUGGCAAAGCAGGAGCCUAUCAAAGUGGAGCCGAAGAGCAAAAAGCAGAUAAUACCGCCAUCGAAGAUGAACCCUCGCGCCGUGGCGGCCGCCAUGCCUGCGUGCAGCCUGUACCCGCUGCAGGGCUCACUCAUGCUGUUGGAUGCACACCUGGUGUUCCAGCCCUUCUUGUCCGCGCUAGGGGUUUCUCCUCAUCAGGUUGCUCAUGGUGAAUCAAAAGUGAAAGGAGUUGGAGCUGAAGGUGGGUCAGGGCUGGAGUCCCUCGGCUCCAAGUUGUCCCUGCUGGCGUGGGUUGACGUGUUUCGCAUUGACAUCGUGGUGGGCGAGCUUGCGCGAGACAGGCGACAUCAAACCGGUAAAGGAAAAGCCAACAUGCCACAAGCGGACAUCCCCUCAGAAACACCAGCGUUCCUCUGCGAGAAGAUCUCAAUUGACGUGGACCUGAAGAAGGUGGCCGACAUGGCUGUAGACGAUCUCAUCCAGCGUCAAAACGUGCUAUACAUCUCUCGUGGGCAGCUGAAGAAGCACAUCAGCACUAUGCUUAACUUUAACAUCAGCAUCAGAUUUAUAUCGCAGCAGGUAAACAUGCCCCUGCUUAGACUGCUGCACCAGAUCAGCAACAUGUACCAGAACGUGAAGGACACUCAGAGUGAAUUGCGCACGCAGACCAACACGUCGCGGCGGCACGACAAACAUCCAUCAGUUUCAGAUUUCCCCGAAAACGUAGUGAGUAUGUCGUCACUGGACAAAGACAGCCAGUACGCUGUGUUGGAGCCGAAGUGGGACCUCCCGGUUACGUUAGACCCAGAAUUGAGUGCUGUCCUGGGAACGGAUAAAGAAACUGCCACUCCACCCAGACCUAGACCGCAAUCAUUUGCGCAGAAGUUGAGAUCUACGGGGAAAACUGUUAAGGGGAAGCUUGGCUACAGUUCGCUGAACGAGGGUGCGCACACGCCGAUGUUCCCGGCGGAAGUGCCGCCCGCGCCGCCGCCCGCGCCGCGCGCCGGCCAGCUGGCGCCGCGCUGCUGGCGCACCGUGUACCUGCUGCUGGACCUGUACGCCAACAUGCCCGACGCCGACACCAUCACCCACCGGUUUUCGGUAUCAACGGAGCUGCCCGAGGCAUAUCGUGGACGGGUGCGACCAAGCUCGCGGGAGCAGAACGCUUCCAACUCUUCGUCUAGUGCCACUGCCAUGGGCAUGGUUGUCGUCGGUGUUGCCAGGAUCCAUCGGACGCGUCUACUGGCAUCACUAUCGGGUUUGAAGUUGGAAGCGGAAAUAACAUCGCUACAGGCCUCGCUAUCCGCGUCGCGGGCGAGACAGUGGUCCCUCAGCGGAAACCUGGGGCGGACUGCUAUUGUGCUGUUGGAAGGACCGGCGCCGAAUCACCAGACGGUGGUGCGGGUGAGCGUGGGCAAGAGCCAGGCGCUGUACACGUGGGAGGGCGGGCGCCUGGGCGCCACGGCGCUGGCGUCCAUCGGCAGCGUGCGGGUGGACCUCCCGCAGCACCCGGUGGCCCUGCACGGCGUCAUGACGCGCUCCAGCCGCCAGCUGUCCUCCACGCUGCAGGAACUCGGUGUAACCAGAACCUCGUCCCGGCUGUCCCGCGGCGGCGGCGCGGGCGGCGGCGCGCCGGAGGAGGAGGAGGAGCGGAGCCCCCCGCCCGCGCCGCGCCCCACCCCGCCCGCGCCCCCCUCCGACCCCUUGCUGCAACCCUUGCAGCUGCAAUUCUCGCUCGUGCUGCAGAGCCUGAGCAUCACGGCGGCGUUGUUGCCGUCGCUGCAGGCGCAGUACAAAAUGGAGCGCGUGCACAGCGCGGGCGUGACGGCGGGCCGCGCGCACUUCACCGUCGACUUGCCGCACCACUCGCUCAGCUUCGUUACCAAGCUACAGGUAACGGAAGCGAACAUACCGGCCGCGGCGUCCGUCGCCUUGCCGGCCGUGUCGUGCCGCGCGCGCGUGCUGGACUGCAACGACCCAUCGUCGGACGCGCACCCCGCGCAACCGCCACACGCCGACAGCUCCGCCGACGGUGCUAAUGGCGAUGCCGCGGAUACCAGUCAAGCGGCUCCGGAAGGCGUGGUGUUGCGCGCGGGACGCUACUUAUCCGCAACGGCAGAUAUCGGCCUGUUCGAACACACGCUCUCCACCGAUCUGCUGAACCAUCUUGUCUUCGUGCAGAAGGUGUUUAUGAAGGAAGUUAAUGAAGUAGUUCAGAAAGUGUACGGAGGUGAGAAGCCAGUGCCGCUGUGGAACGAGGAAGAAGUUUCCUCGUCUGCAUUUAGCAGAAUACUAUUCUCGUUGCUCAUCAGAAUCAAGCGUAUCCAACUGACGGCGACGACGCCUAGCAACUCAGCAGUGCGAUUGGAGACGGGCGCGGUGGAGUUUGAACUGUCCAACCGCGUUCAGAACGUGCCGCAGCCCGCUGGCCCGCAUGGACUUCGUUUAUUUGCUCGUGCGCAGGUCGACGUGAAUCUUAGCCUCGGUCAACUCAUACGUAACGCAAUGUUUGAGGAAGCGGAGCCGGAAUUCCAACAGUACGCCUUCUUCAACACCAGAAUUGCGAUGCGCAACGCGUUCCAAGACGAGAUUGUAUGCGAGGACGACAAGGAAGUGGUGCUCAUAACCCUGAAGCGGCCGCUCAUUUACAUACAGCCGGUAGCGGUGGACAAGGCGAUACUUGUGUGGCUCAACUAUAAGAACGCGUAUGAGUAUUGGAACGAAAAACGGAUGAACCUCACCAAAGAAGUUCUUACUGCUACUCAACAGGUUUUCGAGAAGGUACAACUGACGUCCAACAUAUCACCACCCCAUCUCAGUACAUUAUUUCUCCAACUCAAUGUCGAUGAUAUUGGCAUAUGUUUGCCAUUGAACCAGCCUCCAUUGACGACAUGGGGUCGAGGUUACGAGGUGGAUUCCCGCGGCGCAGUUGUCGUAACCCUCGAGAGUACCAGCAUUUCCGCCUGUAGCUCUGGUUCCCUCGUCAGUAAGGGUCGGUUCGUUGGCCUAUGCUUGCGAUUCGCUGACGAUUUCGAGGCUUCCCUGGACGAUUGGAAACCGGAUCCCGGUGAAGCUUGCAUCAAUGUUUGCUGCGUCUCUGAGGGAACCUACGAAGUCUGCAGCCGGACUACUGCGGCGAAACAUAAUGAAAACGCAAAAUGGUUCUUGAAUGUGUCCUGGCAAAUGGAAGGCGUAGACAUACACCUUGACGUUAACGUUGGGAAACAAUUGUCAGCGUUGGGACACACCCUCACCAUGCUUACUGGUUUUGAAGAAGAAGAUAUACUGAAAAUGGAUUAUGAAAGCGAUUUAGAUGAUGAGGCGGACAAUAGUAAAGAUUCGCAGGAAAGCAUAGUCUUUCGUCGUAAAUACACGGACCAUUUGCCUGCGUUCGUGUUCGACACCAGCAUCGAUGCUAAGCGGCGGUCCAAACUCAUCGAGAAAGAGAUGACUGAACAAGCGAAGAUUAUCAAUGACCUACGAGCGCUCGGGGCCAGCCACAGCACUGUGGAGUAUGAGAUGAGGAGAUUGCAUGACUUGGAGGCACUCGUGUUCAAAGAUUUCCGAAGGGACAUGAUCCAAAAGCUGCGACGCCAAAGUGUGCGCGCGAGCUCGAUCACCAAGGGCAAACUGGGACUGGGGUCCAAUCGUAGCCAUUCGUUUGUCUCAGCGCCACCGCCCGACUCGGGCGCGGAAUCUUUGGGCGUGGGCGUGGGAGUGGGCGAAUCAGGCGAAACACUACUGUUAGCGGAUGACGACACUCGUCUCGCUGACAUCAUUGAAGGAACUUCAUGGAGUUCUGCUGAUAGUGACCCUCUCACAGGUGCGGGCCCGUCGAGGUCGUCAUCACUCCGAGGGCCGCGCGGGGGGGACGCCCGCGAGGGUCGGGAGGGGCGCAGCCGUGUAACUUUCCAGGGCGGAGUCCAGCGACAGAGUUCAUUGCCCGCACCCUGGCCGCCGCAUUUGCAUCUGUCCCGGGAGCGAUUGGAUACCAGCACUACGGAUACUCCGGGCCCGAGUCAGUCGAACGAAAGUAAGCAGAGUAAAGCCAAAACCGCGGAGCCCAACAUUGACUUCGAGUUAGAUGUGAAGGUACAUAUCAACAGCGGAAAGUGCGUGCUUCACACUAAGGAGCCCGGAAAAGAAGAGGAAUUGAAAAUCGGCAGCAGCAAGUCUCGCGUGGGCCGCUCGGCCUCGGGCGGGCUGGGGGAAACCCGGCGCGCCCGCCUGCCGCCGCCACCCGACCUCACCGUGUUCCAAGUGCCCGGAUUACAACUCAAGGUACAUUACGAAUCAAAAACUCUACCAGAAGACUCAGCAUCUCCGCAAACGAUGCCCAACAUUCCGCUCAACCCAAGCGCGCGCAAAGUUGGCACUAAGAAAGCAUCUUUAUUUGCCUGGAUCACAUUGCAAAGUAUACCCGAAGAGACAAUCAUCAGCCCACAUAUCUUAGACUUUCUGGAGCAGACCUUGGAACCUAUACCGACUAAGACUUCGUUCACGGCUCCUACAGCGGAAGCGGAGAGCGCGUCGCGCGGGCGCUCGGGCGCGGGUGCGGGCGCGGGCGCGGAGGGCUACGGGCAGUACGUGUACGCGUCGUUCCCGGUGGACGUGAUCGUGCACUUCCACACGCGCCCGUCCGCCUUCCGCUUCAGCUGCCUGCCCGCGUCGCGCGUCGAGUGCCUGCUGCAGCUGCCCAGCCUGCAGAUCGUGUUCAGCUCCAAGCGCGCCUCGGACGAGGAAAUGGCUGAACCGGCGAUUGCAAUGGGAGGGCUCAGCGUGACCGGAUGCCUAGCCGACUUCUCGGUGUACAUCUUCCACCCGUACGGGGGCAAGAAGUCCAGCCUGAAGGAGGCGCAGUGGUCGCCGCUAGCCGACACCGAGCGAAAGGACUCGCUGUCCAUCAACGUGGAGUUCGUGAAGUUCCACCUCUCGCGUUUCAGGAAACUGGACCUGCAUGCCGACCACGAUAUGUCUAAAGCUACUGUUCGGUUUUCCACAAUCGUGGACGUCGGGUCAGCGUGGUUCAAAUACGAUAUGCGGCGCUUAAGCGAAAUUCUCGCGUUCCCUAAAGCGUGGUACCGACGCAGCAUCGUACGGAGACUGUUCCUUGGAGACGUCAGCGUACACACUGCACACCCAACAUCUAGCAACAACGUACCUUUGUCGCCUGUUUUGCCACAACGUGAGAAGGCUAAAACGGCUGAACCACAGAAGGCCAAAGAAGACAAAUCGGGUGGCGUGGCGUGGGAGACGCUCGUGCUGUUCGCAGUGAACUUCGAGCGGCUCAACGUUCACAUGAACAUGGGUAACGUUAUGGGAAAUGUCAGCUGGCAGUCGCGCUCGCUGGGCGCGCGCGGGCGCCUGGGCACGGGCAGCGCGCGGCGGCGCCAGGUGGCGGGGCGCGUGGCGCUGGGCGGCGCGGCGCUGGAGGCGCGCGGCGGCAUCGUGGGCGGCGCCAUCGCGCUGGCGGCGGCGCGCGCGCACGUGCUGCUGCAGCAGGAGCCGCCGGCGCACGUGGCGGCGCUGCGCCUGGCCGCGCUGGAGCUGCGCCUGGAGUACAUGGGCGCGCCCGCGCUGCUGGCGCGCCUCAGCCGCCUGGCCGCCGCGCUGCGGGACCGCUGGCAGCCGCCCGCCGCCACGCCGUCCGCCAGCCGGCCGGCCACCAUCCUGGCGCACGGCACUCUGAGCUGGCACCAGCUGCAGAUCGCCAUCAGCCGCAGCACCACACCCGACCUGCUGAAGAUGCAGCUGAAGCUCGAGGAGUUCUUCACCCAGCAGUUCAAGUCGGGCAAGCGGGUGUUCUCCUCCCUGCACUCCACGGCGUACACCACCCGCCUUCCCAGGGAGAAGAGAGAACAAAACGCAGCGGCAGCAGCGGCGGCGGCGGCAGCGGGUACAAGCGAACCGCCCCAGCAGCAGGCGGAACUGAGACAUCACCGGCACUGGCAGAAAGUGCUGGAACUCAUUGCCGCCGCGCCGCACGACAAACUGCAUCCGCGCGGCACGGUGCUGGGCGGCACGUUAGAGUUGCAGGGCUCCAACAUCUCCCUGGCGUGCUUCCACGGCAACAGCCUCAAGGCGAAGUCCUGGGCGCUCUUCAGCCUCAAGGACCCGUGCAUCAGUUUCGCCACCGAAGCACAACAGAUCGAGGACGAAGAUGGUUCGCCAGAAGUCCACGCGGUGCAAUCCCUCACUGCCAGCUUGGGCGAGGGCGUCAGCGCGGGGGAGGGGGCGGCGCCGGGCGGGAGCGCCGCCGCGGGUCACCAGUCGCUGGCCACGGUCUGUCGAAUGACCCGCACCGUACUGUUCCCGCCACAGUUCAAGACCCUCCACGAGUGGUUCAGCUACGCCUUCGCGGACAGCGAAAUUGAUGCCAUAGACCAGUUCCCGUCGCUGGAGCGAGAGAACACCGGAACGACGGGCAGCACGGGCAGCUCGGGCGCGCAGAGCAAGCCGGCGAGCGACCGCCACGUGCGAGAGGUCAUCUUCGCGCUGCCGGCUCUGCAGAUGCACCUGCGCACCAGCCACCUGCAGAAGGCCCAGCCGCCCACGGAGCACGACGAGAAACCGGUGGUGGAGUGCAGCUUCAUCACAGAGUUCGAGGACCACAUCUUCGUGUCGGUGGACGCGGAGGCGUUCCUGUUCCUGCACGACCUCAUCUCCUCCUACAUCAAGGAGAAGGAGCGAUUUAUGCCGGGCCGCAGUGGCGAAGCGCCGGCGGCUCCACCGCAGGACUACCGCGACUACCGCUGCCUCACCUGGCAUCUUGAACCAACUGUUAGAUUACUCUCGUGGGCGGGCAAAUCGAUCGAACCCUACGGUGUUGAUUACAUCCUGCAGAAGCUAGGGUUCAGCCACGCCCGGACCACCAUACCCAAGUGGCUGCAGCGGGGAACCCUGGACCCUGUCGACAAACUGCUGGCACUUGUACUGCUGCGUCUAGUGGGGCUCGUUCCUGAUAAGUGAAUUCCAGUCUUAUUGCAAUGAAUCAAGGUUCAUUUUUGAUCGCAAGUAUUACUGUUCUUGUUGGUAAGUGAGGUGUUUAUUAUGAAUAUCAACGGUCUUUAAUUCUGUUGACAUUUAAUUUUCUUGAAAAAGAAACAUGAUUAUAACAAAAUGAUAAAGAUAAAGAUAAAUAUCAUGAGAAGUAUGGCAAUAUCGAGAUAAAAAAAGGUGAGGUAACGAAAGUAGAAGAUUUUUGGGAUUUUAUUGUUUUCAACGAAUCUUGAGUAUACACUUUGAAUUUAAAACAUAUAUUUAAAUGAUAAAGUCACUGUCUUUUAGGUUCCAAGCUAUGCAUACAAAGCAAGGACUUUUUGAAAUUGUUAUUUUAUUCAAUGAUUGCUUUCCAUAGUAGUUUUAUGAGUGGUGUAAAAAUUUCUUUUUUAACGAUAAUAAUUAAAUUUUUUUUUUAC